UAAUAUGGUCCGUGAAAUCAUUUGCCAUGUGACCCAGAUCGAAGUAGUAUUGAAAGUGUGUUUUGUUUUGGUGUAUUUGAGGCCUUUAGCAGUUAUCGUUUGUUAGACCAGCAGAAAGCUAGAUAGCUAUAGCUAGGACAAACAAUACAAUGCUGGCAUUGAGAAAUCUGCAUUCGUGCAAUUCUCCAAAGCCAAAAGAGUUGCAGGUGAAGAAUGUUAUUGAAACGUAUAACUUUGAUGGAAUGAAGAAGAUACUUGAUAAAAAUACCAAGAAGGAGCACCCAUAUUAUUCAAUGUUUUUUCUUAAAUAUGGAAUCAAAGGAGUGAGUCAGAAGACAUUCACUGCUGAAAAUGGCCUAAAGACGCAUCUCGGAAACCCCGAUAACCCGAAACCGCACACAGCAAAUUCCCAUGCAGACAAACCAGCUAAAAUGAAGCCCUCUAUAAAACAAGCUAAACAAGCUGCCGUAGAUGAUGCGGAACGCUUAUUUAUGUCGUACGCAGCCUUCCAGAAACUUUUUUACCAACACAAGCAAAUGAAGGUAGUGAGACAGCCAGUGGUGACACAUAAAUGCACGUUAUGUUCUCGAAAGUUUACUAGCCGAGUAAUGCUGCAAAAACACAUUCAACUGUGUCCAAAAAAGCACGUCAAAAAACUAACGACAAAGAUCAGACAGCCCAGCGUCGUAAAAGCUGCUCCAGCUCCAAAAAAACCCGUCACGAUUUUCCCCUGUACGGUGUGCACAGAUCAUUUUUUCAGCCGGACUGCGCUCGACAUGCACGUGAAGUACGACCAUCGACCUCGUCCAACUUGCUCCAAAUGUUCCAAGAUAUUUGAUAGUCGAAGAAGGUUGCUGGAUCACGAGGAGUCCUGUGCCGGAUUGCAUUGCGGGGAGCCAAGCAAAAAGCAAACGCUUGGCGCUAUUGACUUUAAAGCAACAAAAGAAAUCUUCAUGUGUUCGAAAUGUGAGAAUCCAUUUCCAUCGAACGAUGAGUUGAGGCAACACAAAUUAUUGCUGAACAAGCGAAACCCGUUACCGGUUGUUUUGUCUGAUGAGCAUAAUAUGGGAGAUUGUUUUUCCAAUGAGAACAUUGAGAUUUUCAUUAAAAAGCGUCCGCAAUACUUCAGUGCAAAGCGUUACACGGCUUUCACGGAAAACACCUGUCAGAAAUGUGGCAAGUCCUUUCACAAUAUCAUGCGUGUCCAGCAACACAGCGUGUUUUGUCAUAAGACGUUGCUUAAGAGUUGUGAAUACUGCGAGAAGAAGUUUCGAACGAGCGCAAAACGAAAUCAGCAUUUCAUCCAGUGUAGCAAAAUGCAUAACAAGGAGGUCCAAGUGACCGUUCAAGUUGAAGUGAAACCAAACAAUGUGAGAUUUUUCAGGUGCAUGCAUUGUAGGAAAGCCUUCAAGUCAUUAGGAGUAUUAAAUGCUCAUCUCAGGACUUUGCUUUACUAUUAUUGCGCUAAGUGUGGUGUGACGAGCAAAAUUGGAGACGUCGAGUACAGAGCAAGUCACUUUUGUCGUGUUUUAAAUGGGAAUGUCAUGGAUUACGCCGAUAGUACGUCUGGUUGUUACAUUUGCGAAUGGUGUAAUCGGAGCCUUAAGGUGUAUCCAUUUCGACGAUAUCAAGGCCCAAAACAUGUUUGCGAAGUGGAUCAAAAAACGAAACACACUGCACAGCCGUCGUCACCGGAUUCGUUAAAAUGCACGGACUGUUCGUAUGUGUUUAAAUCAAAACCAAAACUACAGCGACACAUCCAGCGUAAAAAGAACAAGCAGUUAUCCCACUGCCAGUUUUGUGCCUGCAAAAGCUACCAGAAAAGUAAACAGCUAGAGGAACAUGUAAUGUUGGUUCAUCGCAAGAAAGUUUGCAAAACAUGUAAGCAGUACUAUUCAAUUCGAAAGAACAAACCUCACGCUUGUUUGCUUAAUGCAAAACAUGCUAAGCAGAAAAGAGCUGACAAGAAUGCUAAAAAAGAGAAAAGCAAGCUCGAUCAAAACAAAUCAGCCUCACAUCAAUGUUACCAAUGUAGCAAGAUAACGGACAGCAAGAAUGAGCUGAUUCACCAUUUGGUGGGACAUUCUAAGUUAGUACCAUUUAAAUGCAAAUAUUGCCAGCGCAGUUACAAACGGCUGCAUUGUUUGAACGAGCAUUUAAUAUCGUCGCAUGGAUGUCGAGAGAAAACGUUUUUCUCACAAGAUGUUGUCAGAAUCAGUCAUGAUAUUUUAGAAUGUAAAAACUGCAAUGAUUUGUUUUUGGGUCAUAGCGACUUAAAAGAACAUCGCAUGAAACGCCACUUGGCAGCUGUCUUGGCAGAAAAGAAAGGAUUUCAGGAAAAACAGUGUCAGUUUUGUUUCCGUGGGGGAGUCCUACUAACUGCGCACACGGCGCAUGACAACACUAUUCAGUGGUGUUGUUCUGACUGUGCGGUAAAGUUUAUCCCCCAUCGCCACAAGCAUGAGAAAAAAAAGAAGAGAAAAAGGGUGGCUGUUUCUACUCCUCGGGACCACGUGACAUGUGAACAUUGUUUGAAAACAUUCAAACGCGUUGCCUCCCUUAACUGGCAUUACAGUUCGUGUUUGAAGAAAAUCAAAGACAAUCUAUUUACAGUUCCGGCUAUUAAACCAGCCAUGCCUUCCAUAGAAGCUUGUGCGAAUGAAGGGGAAGGGGAACUACCUUCAGUAAGCACUCCAACUUUUGUGAGUUUAAAAGAAGCUGAAGAGUCGUUGUUGUCGCUCUCUGUGGACGAUUGUUGUGACGAAACAGUAAAUGAGAUUGUUACCCAAGAUGAAAUACCGGUUGUUGUAAACAAAGUAGAAGAAACAGCGAAACAAUCGAAAACGGAACAGUUUAUCGAUUUAUCGGAGAGUUUUCAAAAUUGCGUAAGUUAUGAAAUGGUUGACAGAGAAUUUUGUGAUAAAUAUAAACGAAAGAGAGAUGGUUUAAAAUCAAGCGUUAGAAAGACGUCAUUUGAACUGAAUUCGUUAAAACAUCUGUCAAAUGUUGAAACUGAAAUCGUCUCCAAUGUCGCAAGCUCGAAAAAGAAACACAAAUCGAAAGUUAAAAAGGCGAAGGCGAAGGAAUCUUCAAAUACAGCCUUAUCGAAUUCCGCAAGUUCGAAAAGAAAUGACGUAUCGAAUCUUAAAAGUUCGAAAAUCAAUAGUCAAUCGAAUAUGACAAGAUCAAAAUUAAAAAACGUAUCGACUGUGGAAGCGUCUACAUCCUACACUUGUGAAUGUGGUAUACACUUCGAUACUGAACAAUCGUUAAAUGUACAUUUUGAUAUUACGCAUGCGCAAGUUGUAAAGGCAGAUAGGAGAGAAGAGUGUCUGAUAAAAGAAAACUCUAUACGAAAUCAGUAUUCAAAAACUAGACGAAUGAAUGAAAAUACAGCUAGGCUGCAUAGACAAUCUAUCUGUCCUCCCUUUUGCAUGCCGCCACCACCCAUGCAUUUUCCAUAUGGCGGAAUAGGAACGCCUUACCCGCUUAUUCCCGUCCUCAGAUGUGAAAAAGAUAUUUUCCGCGACAGGUUAGUCGCUAAAAGAGGCGUUACGGCGGAUAUACCUCCUCAAAUGUUCGAAAAUGCAGGAAGAGAAUAUUAUAACAGCAUAUCCAAUUAUUUCACCGGAAUCGUUCAACAAUCAAAAAAAAACGUCCAGGAUCCGCAAGAUACGGCUUACCUCGAAGCGCUUCAGUUAAAAAUUGAAGAAGAUCGUGCAAGGCAGUCUAACGUCUCACGAAAGAAAUCGAUCAUUUCUGACGCUGACCGUUCUUCAGGACAUAAAAACCGCUGUCGUAAACAAAAACAUCCGCGGCACACGAGACGAGUAGAAGCGUGCAAUAACAACGUUCCUAGUAAAACAGGUCACGAUAAGAAAUCGUUGAAAAAGAAACGAUUUAUAUUUCCGGUUGAAGAGAUGUGCCCUACAAACGCAAAAGAUGUUCAAGAAGAAUCGAACGAUUUUGAACGAAAUGUGUUCGCGUUUAUGAACGGAGAUACGUGUUACAUAUAAAAACCAGGUUUUUUUAUUGACAAACUGUUUUUGACUCUCGUAAAACCUCGUAAAAAAUUUCUCGUAAAAAAUUGCUCGUAAAUAAUUGCUCGUAAAUAAUUGCUCGUAAAUAAUUGUUUGUAGUACCUGUUACUAUUUUGCGGGCUUGUGUUAUUUUCGAAUGUAGAGAAGCUUUGAUGGGUUGUGGUUGUUAACAUAGAAACGUAGCUUUUUUGGAUUUAUCGUACUGACAAUUAGGUGUGGACAUUUGAAGUACGUUUUUUUUGUAAAUGUUUUUAGGUUUUCUAUCCGUAACUUUUUAUUCUAAAGUUAACAUUUUAGCUAGCGCGAUCUUUUAAAGUUUUUAUCAAAUUUAUGUCAAUUUACUGAUGUAAUAAUGGUAUGAUGUAAUGUUAUAUUUUAAGCAUUUUUUAUUUAUUUAUUUAAUCUUUUCAUGCAA